UGCUUGUUCUUGGAUAUUGUUUCUUCUUAUUUAUUGAAUUCACAAUUUACUUUACAGUACAAAACAAAUUAACUGAUAUCGCUUAUCCGAUUGAUUGAACGAACAAUGGGAAAGAGAAAGAGUAAAAGGAAGCCUCCCACUAAGCGCAAAGCCAUCGAGCCCUUGGACACGCAAUUCAAUUGCCCAUUUUGCAACCACGAAAAGUCCUGUGAAGUAAAAAUGGAUAAAACACGCAACACUGGUCGAAUCACAUGCAGAGUUUGCCUUGAAGAUUUCCAGACUACUAUCAAUUUCCUAUCAGAAGCUGUGGAUGUUUAUAAUGACUGGAUUGAUGCCUGUGAGACAGCAAACUGAAAAUUUCUAACAUUUGAACAGUUCUGCUAAUACUGAACUCAAUAUCAGUUAAAAUUGAAGAAUUAAUUCAGGAAAAAUUUCCAACUGUAUUCAUUUUCAUGUUUUCACUUUGUUAAUACAGGAUUCACAUAUGCAUUACAAAA